AUGGAGCUUUACCAAACAGAAUCUCAUUACAUUCUCUUAGACAAUGAAUUCAGUUUAUGGUGUAACAGGCAAACAGGAUCACUUGAACCUAAGCGAGGAAGUGAUCUAUGUUCAGCAUGGAACCCUGUAUGUAUGGGUUUGUGUUAUGGGAUUAUUGGAAAGAUAAAACUUCAUCCAGACUCAAGUUGGGCAUUGUUGUUAAUAAAACAGAGAAGUUUAGUUGGAGAAUUAGCUGAAAAGCAUAAAAUAUUUCAGAUAAAUAGAAUAGCUUUAUUACCAUUAAAUACUGCAGACCCAGUUGAGUUAGAUUUAGAAUUUUGUAAAACUCAUCAUUUUGGAAUCAAGAAAUCUGAACAAAUCACAAGACCAGAAUUAUUACAAAAACCUCUACUUAAAACAUGGCACACUAUUAAAUCAGCUGCUGAAAAUGUCAAACCAAAAAAGAAAGAAAUAAAAGACAAAGAAAAGUUUGAAAGAAGAAUAUUAGAUGAAUUAAUCAAGAUGUUUAAUGAAGAAGAGUCGUUUUAUUAUAGUGAUAAAUAUGAUUUAACAUGUAGUUUACAACAACAACAUUCUACACAGUACAAUGAAUCAUUACCGUUAUUUAAACGUUGUGAUCAGAGAUUUUUCUGGAAUAAAUAUCUUAUACAAGAACUCAUAGAUUUCAAGUGUGAAGAAAUAGAUUUAGCUGAUCAUUGGAUUGUACCAAUAGUACAAGGUUAUAUACAGAUGGCGAGGUGUCAGAUGGAUUUCAGUGAGAAUGUUAGUCCUGGUGAUUCACCUGGUGAUUAUGCCUCAUCAUCAGUUGAACCAUUAAAAUAUGAUAUAUGGUUACUAUCAAGAAGAAGUCGACAUCGAGCCGGUACAAGAUCCAAAAAAAGAGGUUUAGAUGAAACUGGCGCUUGUGCUAAUUUUGUGGAAACUGAACAAAUAAUUGAAUUUUUUCCUCAUCUGGUUUCAUUUGUGCAAGUUCGAGGUUCAAUACCUGUAUACUGGAGUCAAACAGGAAUCAAGUAUCGUCCCCCACCAAGACUCGAUAGAGGUAGUUAUUUCCCUUUAAUUACAAAUUAUACCUUGAUUGAUUCAACUUUAGUACAACUUAUAUACACAUACAUGAGGACAAACAUAACAUUGCUUGUAGUUUUUUAUCCUAUACAGAACAUUGAACUGGAUAUAUUCUUUAGCAAUGUCUCAAGUCAAUUAUCUUGA